UGUGCAGUUAUCAACUUUCCCACUCUCUUCUUCACUCUCUCUGCUCUCUCUCUCUAUAUAUAUUCACAUAGAAGAAGAAUAUAGUCAGUUCAUUAAAAUUACUAGAAAAAAGUAUAAGCUACUGUAUUAGACAGAUAAAAAGAUACCAACAACAAUGUCAAGCAAUACUGCUGGGCAGGUCAUUCGUUGCAAAGCUGCGGUUGCAUGGGAAGCCGGGAAGCCAUUGGUGAUAGAAGAAGUGGAGGUUGCACCACCACAGAAAAGUGAAGUUCGCCUCAAGAUUCUUUUCACCUCCUUGUGCCAUACUGAUGUUUACUUCUGGGAAGCUAAGGGGCAAACACCUCUGUUUCCUCGAAUUUUCGGACAUGAAGCUGGAGGAAUUGUGGAGAGUGUAGGUGAAGGUGUUACAGAUCUCAAACCAGGAGACCAUGUUCUUCCUGUGUUCACUGGUGAAUGCCAGCAGUGUCGACACUGUAAAUCAGAGGAAAGCAACAUGUGCGACCUCCUUAGAAUAAACACAGACAGGGGAGUUAUGAUCCAUGAUGGUCAGACAAGAUUCUCCAAGGAUGGAAAACCGAUAUAUCACUUUGUUGGAACUUCCACCUUUAGUGAAUACACCGUUGUCCAUUCUGGAUGCGUCGCCAAGAUUGAUCCACAGGCACCACUUGACAAAGUUUGCGUUCUAAGUUGUGGAAUAUCGACAGGACUUGGUGCAACUCUCAAUGUUGCCAAACCUACCAAAGGUUCUACUGUAGCUAUUUUUGGCUUGGGAGCUGUUGGCCUUGCUGCUGCUGAAGGAGCUAGGAUUGCUGGGGCUUCUAGGGUCAUUGGCAUUGAUUUGAAUCCCAGCAGGUUCAAUGAUGCCAAGAAGUUUGGUGUCACAGAGUUUGUGAAUCCAAAAGAUUAUGAUAAGCCUGUCCAGCAGGUCAUUGCUGAGAUGACAGAUGGAGGUGUUGACCGAAGUGUCGAGUGUACUGGAAAUGUCAACGCCAUGAUCUCUGCUUUUGAAUGUGUUCAUGAUGGAUGGGGUGUGGCCGUGCUUGUUGGUGUGCCAAACAAAGACGAUGCGUUCAAAACUCAUCCAAUGAAUCUGUUGAAUGAGAGGACUCUCAAGGGCACCUUCUUUGGCAACUACAAGCCCAAAACUGACCUUCCAUCUGUGGUGGGCAAGUACAUGAAUAAGGAGCUAGAGCUGGAGAAAUUCAUUACCCACCAAGUUCCAUUUUCAGAGAUCAACAAAGCAUUUGAGUAUAUGCUGAAAGGGGAAGGUCUACGUUGCAUGAUCACUAUGGAGCAUUGAAACGUUAAAUAGGAAGUAAAGGCUUGUGGGUUGCUCCUAUGCCCCCUAUUACCUAAUCUUUAUAGUCUGAUACUAAUAAAACAAUAUUUUAUUAGGGUAAUGAUGUGAGUAGCGUUUGAAGCCAAAACAUAUCUGUUGUCCAAGGCUUUAGUUUAAUUUCCAUAUUAUGUAAUAAUAUUACUAUAUGUUUCGAAAGGCUUAAGUUGAUUUCCAUGUUA